AUGGUCAAGUCAAAUGCUAUUGAGCUCGGAGAUGAUCGAAAGACUCGUGGAGUGAACAAAGGUGUGUCGAUACUAGACCUGAUUUUCAGGAUACUGGCCUUCAUAGGCACCUUGAGCAGUGCAAUUUCGAUGGCGACAACAAAAGAAACGCUGCCGUUCUUUACGAGGUUUUUCCGAUUCAGAGCCGAGUAUAAUGACCUACCAACACUCACUUUCUUUGUGGUUGCCAAUGGCGUUGUAAGCGGCUAUUUGCUGCUUUCUCUUCCUUUCUCGAUCAUCCUCAUCUUAAGGAGCAAUGCUCAAAGGAUUAGGAUGAUCUUGAUGUUCUUUGACAUGGCAAUGGUGACUCUUUUGACAGCGGGAGCUUCCGCCGCGGCAGCUAUUGUGUACUUAGCACAUAAGGGGAAUCGCAAGGUGAACUGGCUCGCCAUCUGCCACCAAUUCAACGCCUUCUGCGAGCGUAUUUCGGGUUCGUUGAUCGGAUCCUUUGCCGGAGUCAUCCUUAUUGCACUGCUGGUUAUGUUAGCAGGUGUUGCCCUUGCUCGACGUCCUUAG